AUAUAUUUGAGGAAAGGUAUAUCUGUAGAAUAAAUCCUACAUCUUCUCGUGUGUGGUGGUAAUGCAUUUCAUCUUGCUUGUUACUGCUUUGGAGAGCGUACAGCAAGCUCAGAUUUGCUCUUAAAAUUCAGUCGGAACGGAAAAUUCACACUGUAAAGAUCACGUUUUGUGCAUUAAGUAACACAUCACGAUGAGCGUAAAAUGUAUAUUCGUAUUCUUAGUUUUCAGUUAGUAUCUACGUGAGCAACUUCGAGACAUCUUACGUUGUUACGUAUGCAACGAUUCUCGGAGUUGUAAAUAAGAAUGUUAUAAACAGUGAUGAAUCUACGAUAAUCUCAUAGCCACUAUUGAAUACAAUUAAGUGAUGGUUCUAACUAGUCUUACCUUGGUGAUAAAAGGCAGGCAGUAUCAAUAUUCCAGCAAUCUUAGCUGGUGCCACAAUAUCUGGUUGAUCUUGAUCCAGGUAUUAUACUUGGCAACACCGUGGUAGCAUUUGAUUCAAAACAACACUGCACAAAAAUAAGGAAAACCUCCUUCAAUGGAACGAAAACGUUCAAUAAGACGCCGCCAAAAGCCACCAUUUGCGGAGCGGGCUAAAGAUCAUUGCCGCAAUUUUACGGCAUUCAUGUUUAGCAAUGUAGGAAUUAUAUUCCUCGUUGUAUUAUACAUGAUAGCAGGUGCGUUCAUGUUCAUCGCGAUAGAAGGCAACGAAGCACUGGAGAGGUUUGCUCAAAUACCGUUUAAAAGGAACGAAACUGCUAUGAAAUUGUGGCAAAUAUCCUGCUGUGAAGUGAAUGUGUUCAACAAAAGUGUCUUCGAGGAAAAAGUAGGAAAUGAAAUACGAGCCUAUCAAGAAAAAAUAGUGCUCUGGGCUCGUCGUGGCUGGCAAGGCAGCGACAUCACCUUGGAGAGCGAAACUCCCUGGAGUUUUUCUGGAGCAUUUCUUUACUCAUUAACAGUUAUUACUACAAUAGGAUAUGGCAAUAUAGUCCCUCGCACCGAAUGGGGGAAAAUAGCGACAAUAUUUUAUACAAUAAUCGGUAUGCCGUUAUUUUUGCUCUACCUUUCCAACAUUGGUGAUAUUUUGGCUAAAUCUUUUAAGUGGAUAUAUGCAAAGUUUUGCCUAUGUCGAGUAUGUCCAGGAGUUGCUAGAAGGAGAGCAAUGCGAGCAAGACGAAGAGCACGUACGGAAGAGCGAGACUACUCGUCGGAAAUUGGUGACAAUGGAUUUGACACUAAUACCAUCACCACUUCUAACGUAGACGAAGAAAUUGAGGAGGAAAUCACUGCCGAGACGAAUACCGUCACCGUUCCAAUAACUAUCUGUAUUAUGAUAAUGAUAGGAUAUAUAUUUUUCGGAGCUCGCCUUUUUGCUGACUGGGAAAACUGGGACAUUCUCGACGGAAGUUAUUUUUGUUUCAUCUCUUUGAGCAGUAUAGGAUUCGGCGAUAUCGUUCCCGGUGCAUCGCUACAAACCAAAGGAGAUACCAAAAUGGAAAUAAGUUUCAUUCUUUGUGCGGUCUAUCUAUUGCUCGGAAUGGCUCUGAUUGCGAUGUGUUUUAAUCUGAUGCAGGAACAAGUCAUCUAUAAAAUAAGGUCACUUAAAAAGUGUGUUAGAGGAUGUUUUCGUUGUGCGAAAGCAGUACCGGUACCAAUGGAAGAGCCUGAAAGCUAGAAACAUGAGAUCGAUUCUCAUCAACUCUCGAUGCAUUAAAUAUUAUUCAAGCUAUCAAAGACAUAAUGUACGUUGGUAUAAUAAUGCUAAAAGAAGACACAGUUGAAAAACCUGCCCCAUGUGUAAUGUUAUGAAAAUGAAGUUACGAAUAAUUUAUACAUUCCGAUUCCUGCGAAAAAACUAAAUAAAUGUGUAGCCGUAUAUGUACCAUUGUGACAAAUUUUA